CUCUCCUCCAUGGUCCGGUCUGUUCGUGUUUUGGGAGCCAGCUGGUGAAGACGAGCCGUACUCGAACGCUGCAUCCUCUAGUCAGUCACCGGUGGCCAGGCUGCCGGGGCCCAUGGCAAGGCGACGCUGAGGCGCGGGAGGUGGCCAGGACCCGCGGGCCGGCAUGGCGGGCCAGUUCCGUAGCUACGUGUGGGACCCGUUGCUGAUCCUGUCGCAGAUCGUCCUCAUGCAGACCGUCUAUUAUGGCUCGCUGGGCCUGUGGCUGGCGCUGGUGGAUGCUCUAGUGCGAAGCACCCCAUCGCUGGACCAGAUGUUCGACGCCGAGAUCCUGGGCUUUUCCACCCCUCCAGGCCGACUCUCCAUGAUGUCCUUCAUCCUUAAUGCCCUCACCUGUGCCCUGGGUUUGCUGUACUUCAUCCGGCGAGGGAAGCAGUGUCUGGAUUUCACUGUUACUGUCCAUUUCUUUCACCUCCUGGGCUGCUGGUUCUACAGCUCCCGUUUUCCCUCAGCGUUGACUUGGUGGCUGGUCCAAGCUGUAUGCAUUGCACUCAUGGCUGUCAUUGGGGAGUACCUGUGUAUGCGGACGGAACUCAAGGAGAUCCCCCUCAACUCGGCCCCUAAAUCCAAUGUCUAGAAUUGGGCCCUUUGGACACUCAUCUGGCACUUGGUACCCCUAACACUUUGGGAUGCUCAGGCUUUCCAGAUAAGGCCCAGCCCAGGUCUGAGAGGAACCCCGGAAAUAACGAAGUCUCUGUUAAUGGAGAGAUAGCAAGACCCCAUCAAGAAGGCAGGUAGCAGUCAGGAUCACAGCUGCAAGAAUGGCCUCUGUCUCUGAAACCUUGGUCUUGGAAGGUCAGGAAAGGAACCUCUUUGAGAAUAAUAACAGAUUUGGAAUGAUGUCUCUCUUGAGCCAUCAUUCCUAUUACCAGCCUAUUUUUUUAAAAAAAAAGAAUCAAGGAUAUCUGAUUGGGAAAAGAAUCAAGGAUAUCUGAUUGGCGCAAACCACUCCUCUACUCAUCUGCUUUACUCCCCCGGGACAGCUGUUACCUUUGCUGAGUUGCCGAUCCACAGUGAUUCUGUUUGGAGAAAAACUUGAUUUCCAGAUCCUUAGUCACAGAAAGAAAUGUAGGUGCAGAGCACUAGGGUGCUGUCAGGGAGAGGACGGAAGAUGGAGACAUCAAGAAGCACAAGGAGGACAGACAACCGUUGCCCUGUAUACAUGUGUGUACCCAAGAAUCCAUGACUAACUGCUGUCCAGUCACUCUGCUGGGUCUCCAUCAUGCUGCCAGUUCGCAACAAAGGCUGUGGAACCCUGAGAAGAAUCCCAGCAUGACUUCCAUCUGACCCUCCAAACAGAGUCACUGCCUAUUCCCAAGAAAACAGGCUCCCACUGAACCUCUUUUUUCCUGACCUAUUUGUAAUUUUCUGGUGGGAGGGUCUGAUGGGUGUCCAGAAAUAGGAAGCUCAUCUUUCCUGUCUGGUUUAUGCUGGGAAAGAUACAAAUUUGCUGCUAAGUUUUUUUCUUUGUGGUAGAAUUUCCUCUGUGAGGGCCUUGCAACUGUUCUUCCUAUAUAUAUAAAUACAGUAUUUUCCACAGUUGCCUAUACUUACUUUGUAAUGCCAUGGUUGGGACUGAGAAAGAUCGGCACAGCCAGCAAGGGAGCUGUAAAGAAUUAUUAUGCCAUCUCCUUUCCUGAACCUCAGAAUUAUUCCUGCAUUUUGUUAAAAUAGGUACUUAGUACAGGGAAGCCCUGUGCCACACCAUCUCUGUGCCUCUGGUUAACCUCGUGACUUUUGGGAGUUUUUUUCCUUCUUGUCUGUGAUUUCCAAAUAUGCCACAGAUGGCACAGGAUUAGACCCUCUUCUGCAUUGACACUGUCACUGUUCUUUGGCUUUUCUGGAUCUUGCACAAGAGAGCUGUCAAUUUUUAGCUUUAAGUGUUAUAGUUAUGUGGAUGUGUUUUGAGGGUUUCCUCCUACUAUGUCUCUGUAGCAUUGUGGCUCUGAGCCCUGCAGAGUAGGGAUUUGAGGCUGACAGGAUGAAGGUCUAAGAGUGAACAACCUGGACAGUAGCUGGGAAAGUACUAGAGUGAGGCAGCUUGGUAACUCAGAAUACUGUACUAGAGUGAGGCAGCUUGGUAACUCAGAAUACUGUGGUCAAGCUGGAAAGAAGUGCUUGCUACUGGGACACAGUAUUUCUUCUGGCAGAGUCUAGGACAUAAGACCAGAUGGGCCAGUGGAUUUCUCCCUAGACACCACAAAUGCAGGCCUGUGACUAUUUUGAAACACUUCAGGACACUCAUAUCUUGAUGCUGUUCUCCCUUGAUAUGGCUGGAGCACCUCUUUAGAAUUUCCUUUAAGGUGUGGGUGUUUGGUCUUUUGGUUUGUCUGGGUUAUAUGAGUGAAGAGGAAUUGUCUUGGGCCAUAUAUAACUAAUGUAUAAAAAUAACAAAACUUUCUUUAUUUUUAUAUUUUUAUUAUAACAUUAAAAUGAAGUAACAUAAGUCCAAGUUUAGUAAGGAAACCUACACGUUUGCUUCAUAAGAGGAAACACCUGUCUUCACAGAAGUAGAUUGAAAUGCCCUUAUUGAUAAUUACCAUUUUAUUGCCAAGUCCCACAAGUGAAUGUAACAUCUGAUAUUUGUGGGGUUAUAUUAGACUUUGUGGCAGGCAAAAGAGGCAGAGUUAGCACAGCACUGCACCCUUCCCUGCAGUGUUUGGUUGUCAAUCUAUGCAGUCCAUGCUCAAGUGCCACAUAAUUGAGUAAUGUAAAAUAUCACUAAAAAUCAUAAUAAUGCUAAAAUUUUAUGAUCUUAUGGGGCUUCAUGCAACCCAUGUACAGUUGGAUGGAUAUUGCUUUAAAAGCUUGUUUUUUUCUGUG